UCUCCCGCCUCUCUCGCGGUGCCGGCGGUAGGAGCUGCAUCGCCAACUCUGCUCGGCUGUGGAGCCACCGGCUAAGGAGGAGUGCCCAGCCAGGGACGCAACUCGCCGAGCCCCCCAUCACCUCUAGCUGGGGCGAACCCCUCUCGGGUCCGCCCUCGCCCCGGUGCGGAGGCCGGAGUCCCUAGCUCCGCGCAGCCCCGCGGUCCGGCUCCUGCACUCCCACAGCCGCCGCCCCCCACCUUGAACAUGGACUCCGACUCCUGCGCCGCCGCCUUCCACCCUGAGGAGUACUCCCCCAGUUACAAGAGGCGUAGGACUGUGGAGGAUUUCAACAAAUUCUGCACCUUUGUCCUGGCCUAUGCAGGCUACAUCCCAUAUCCAAAGGAGGAGCUCCCUUUGAGGAGCAGUCCCAGCCCUGCUAACAGCACUGCUGGCACCAUCGACAGUGACUGUUGGGAUGCUAAUUUCACAGACAUCUCCCCCUCAGUGCCCUUGCCUGUCACUGAUCGCUGUUUUAGCCACCUGCAGCCCACCCUCCUGCAGCGAGCCAAGCCCAGUAACUUCCUCCUGGACAGAAAGAAGACCGACAAACUAAAGAAGAAGAAGAAGAGGAAGCGAAGGGAUAGUGAUGUGCCUGUCAAGGAGGGGUACAUGGGGGGCUUGCUGAAGUUGGAGGCUGCUGAUCCAUAUGUGGAGACCCCCACAACCCCUGUCCUGCAGGACCUUCCCCAGGCCCCCGGUGACCCCUGCUCUGGCUGGGACUCUGACACUCCUUCUAGUGGCUCCUGUGCUACAGUGUCACCUGAUCAGGUCAAAGAGAUAAAAACUGAAGGCAAACGGACUAUUGUCCGUCAGGGAAAGCAGGUGGUGUUCCGGGAUGAAGACAGUACUGGCAAUGAUGAGGAUAUCAUGGUGGACUCAGAUGAUGAUUCCUGGGACCUUGUCACCUGCUUCUGCAUGAAGCCAUUUGCUGGCCGUCCUAUGAUAGAGUGUAAUGAGUGCCAUACCUGGAUUCACCUCUCCUGUGCAAAAAUCCGGAAAUCCAAUGUUCCAGAAGUGUUUGUCUGCCAAAAGUGCCGGGACUCCAAGUUUGACAUCCGCCGGUCCAACCGAUCUCGAAUGGGCUCCCGGAAGCUGUUUCUGGACUGACUGCUGGUGAGCAAGGAAGUGCAAGGGACAAUGGGCUUCUGAGCCCCUUUCUUAGUUGAGCACAGAACUCUCAGCUGUGGUGCGGGCAGACCCCUGCCAUUCAGGUGCCUAAGCAAAAGGACAGGCUGUCCAAAGUCUAAAUUGUACAUAGCCAGUGACUAAAUAAAAUCUUUGUUGGCCAGGGUUUCCGUGAGAGCUGUUCUCUACAGUGGAGGUGGACCGAACACCUGGCACCAUUGGUUUGGUUCCACUGAUAAUGAGGGGAUGUGGCAGUUGUGAAUUCUUGCUCUCAUUGUUAAACUCCUGCCUUUGGAACAAGUGCUAGCUGUUCCUCCUGUCUCUGCUGUGUUAGGGAGAGGAGAUGUUCAGUUUCCCUGGCCUGUCAAUGAACAGCCAUACUUGUAAGCUUUUUCUUGAGUGUAUGUGUCUUACCAUAAGUGUCUCUGUACAGCAGCUAUUAAAGCUGCCCUUGCCUGGGGAAGCCACUCUCACUAGUGCUCCCUAGGCAUCCCUCUGUGUUAAAAGGGAAAAUAUGUGGCCGCUUCGCUGUGGGAAGGGGGUUGACUGGGUUGAGGUGCCCCAUGUUGUUCAUAACUCAGUUUCCUGUUUUGCACGAUGUAAAAAAAUAUGUCUUUUUUUGCACGAUAGAGCCAAAAGUAUUGGCAUAUUUCUGCCUGGAUGCCCUUUCUCCUUCCCAACUGAUGUUGUGAGGACCUGGUGGGCCCUGGGCAACCUGUUUCCAAGUGAGGGGACACUCCCCUCAUCUUUCUUCCCCUCACUCCUGUAUUCUUGUAGCAACAGAAAGUUAAGUGACCAUAGGGAGUGGUAACAAAUGCAGUGGGGUAACAAAUUUGGAAGGCCUCUCCCUUGUAUGGUUUUACUGUGCCUGCGGAGUCCCAUAGGGCAAGGUUAGGACUUGAAGUCUUUUUUGGUUUGAAUUGGUGAGUGACUGAUAAGGUAACUGGCUUUUGGGAAAACACAGUCAUUGAGAGUAAGGCACUACUGUUUAAAUCUUAACUAGACCCCUGGGUUUGGGAGACCUCUGUGCAGGACAGCUUAGGAGAAGCCAGAGAAUGUGUGCCCAAAACCUCACCAGUGCUCUGUUUCAGGGCGGUGAACCCCAGGACUCAUAGUUCUGGGGUUUGUUAAGGAGAAGAGGGCUUUACUUUUCUCCAAUGUCAACAUUCCUCUUUUGCAGUUUAAAUACUUUUUCUCAAAAACUUUUUUUCCAGUGUAAAUCAAUAGGUGUGCUUUCAUAAGCAGUUUCUUGUACAGCAUGAGAAAGGAAGAAUACUCCCAUUACUCAUUUAUUUACAGCAGGAUGGACCCCCCGCCUCCCAGUGGGGCUUUCUUUGUGGUACCUUGUAGAGGGCCACCUUGCAGACUCCUUCCAUUUUCACACAGGAGCACCCAGGGGGUUAAACUAUAAUUUGGUUAAUCAGAGUUCAGUUUUUGUCCUAGAAUCUUUCAUGCCUGGCCAGCCAACUGCUUUUUUAAAAAAGUGUUUUUAAUUCUGUUGCUUAUAUUAACACAAAAAUAGAAAUAGCUUCUGAAACCUACUUCAUUGAGAAGCUUUCCAAGAGAGAAGCUCUGUUGUAGAGGAAAGGACAUUAAGACCCUUCUCCCCAGACCUCUGUCUGGCUCUGACUAGGGCAAACAUCUAGGGAUAGCUGGAGAGGAAGUUGCCAAAGAUUUGCCCCAUGGCAUUGCCUGUCCAGUGUCUUCACCUUGAGAAUAACCAAAGUCCCAAAGUGUUUUCUUUUUAAUAAACCCUACAAAGUUUUUAAGUGUGUUUCAGAAGUAACAUGAUUUUAGUGUAGAACUGCCAACCCUGGCAAUUGCUGUGUUCCUCUUAGUAGGCUCAAUGCCUGGUGAUGCCUCUGGAAGGCAUCCCAUGUUCAUCUCUGUUUCUGUUCAUUUUUGUUCGAACAGCUCUGCCCUUGUGGGUGGUGUCUGAGAAGUCAGGACACCUUGCUUUUGUGUUUAGAUUGAAUUGGGCAGCUGCAAUCAGCUUCUUUAUGCAAAUUAGACUGGCCCAUCUAGGGGCUCCUGGUUGGUGGCUAAUGGAGGGAGGAAACACCCCUAAACUAGGCCCCUCCCAUUGGCUUUUGUCAGGCCAGACACCUAACAUCGUUUACAUGGUUCUGUGUAAUUAUAAAGUUUAUGUGUAUAAAGCAAAGCUGUUUCUGUGAAACUGUAUAUUUUGUAAAUAAACAUAUUGCUACUUUGAGGUUCA